AUGUCAAAGGAAUUAUGCCCCGCGUUCUUCACGUAUCUUCCUUUUUGCCCUCGCGCAAUCGAAAGCAGCCCCUCGGACCAGGUGUCUUCCAUGGAUUUUCUCGCGGAGGCAUUCCGACGCAGCCGCCCGGAGCAGAUGUCUUCCAUGGAUCGUGCCGCGCUGAUUGCGUUGUUUCAUUCGACUGAUGGAGCAAAUUGGAAAAGGAAAAGCAACUGGAACACGGACGCGGGGCUAGCUAGUUGGGAGGGGGUCAGACUUAACCACGCGGGCCGUGUGGUGGGGCUGUCCCUGCCGAACAACAACCUCCACGGGUCCAUUCCCGAGGCGCUUGGAGCUCUCAGCGAGCUGAAGACGCUUGCCAUGCACGACAACAAGCUCACUGGGUCCAUCCCGAGAGAGCUUGGAGGUCUCGGCAAGUUGGAACAGCUCUGGCUCAAGGGCAACGAACUUACCGGUAAGGGAGAGUUGAUCUCCGUGUUAUGCGGGAACAGUGCCGACUCCGACGCCCUAGUUUGCGACACUCUCUGCGUGUUCGAGUCGCUCAGUUGGAUUGGUGCAUGUUACGGAGCGUUGGGUCCGGUUUGCAGUUGGUUUGUUACAUGAGACUCGUGGUGUCGCCUGCACGACGCGCGAGUUGGUUGUAUGUACANACGCGACAUGUCAGAUGGCCCGUAACGACGUGGGGACUACACGUGACACUUCCCCAAAUAUGAAGGUAACCUAUCGGUGGCUCCUGGUUUCAUGUGUUGGGGUGUCAUCACCGCCAUAUGUUGCCUUCAACAGCAGCUUCACGAUACAUGAUGCUUGCAACCCAGGGCUUGCCACCUCUUAAAGGUGGUCAUUUCAUUUUCCUUUCGCCUUUCCUCGGAACCCAUCGACUAUCCAUCGGAAUGAGAGGCCACAGAAGGCUGGCAAUGGCGUGACCUCUUUGUGUCCGUACUUGAAUACCUUGCUCCAUGAACGAUAA